GUAAGCGGAGACACAGUCUUUUAACUAGGGCUAUUAUAUAAAUAAAACAGAAAGCUGUUGUUGAGGAAAUGUACAAGGGUUCUGUAAAAUACAUUCGCUUGGUAGUCAAUAGCACAUAGUCAGAUCCAGCUUUGACUCCUUUGGAGUCAAAGCUGGGUUAUAAAAAUGAGCUACUUACUAAUUUACAGCAGAAAUUUAUACAGAAAAGACUCUUUUCCUGAGCAGCUAUUCUCAAGAUAAUUCUGUGUUAGCUUGGCUUUAAAUUAUUCCAAAAUUACACAGCCAAGGUAGCUCUUAAGUUUGACUUUGCUUCACCCAAGAUUCAACCCAGACCAAGAAUAAGAAAAGAAGGAAACUGAAGAAGAAAUUAGAUGAGUUUGCGAACAUUAGUGAAGAAGAAAAAGACCAUGAUCCCUCCAACCCUCGAGUUCAUAGUACUCAGAGCAAGCAUAAGAAAUAUAAAUAAGCCCCAAAGCAAGCCUAAAAAGAUAAAAACCCGAUACGAUGAUGACGAAGAUGAUGAGGAAGAAAAUACUGACAAACAGCUUAUAAACCUCAAUUAUCAAGCUGCUUUCGGAGAAGAAGAAGAAGAAGAAUCUGAGGCGGAAUCUUACCAGCCCACUCCUAAAAUCAAACAGAAAGAGAAACCCCAACUUAACAAAUCAAAGAGGAUGUUGCUGUCUGAUCUAAAAUCGAAUACUAAUUAUAAAAAUUUUAAGCCCUUCCAGUCGAAUCUCUAUGAAGAUGUGAAAAUAUAGAUGAGAAUGAGGAAUACCCCAAGGAAGAGGUUAUUGAUAACUCAGUCAAAGGAUACAUAGAGGCUGGCUCUGAUCAAUCAAGUGACCACUUCGACCCAAUGCAGAACAUUAAGGUCCAAAAGCCGCCCCCAGCCUACAGGCAGCAGCCACGAAAAUUUGAGAGUAUCACUAGUAACGUGGUCUUUGAGGACAAGUUUAAAAAUGGGAGGAAGGUUCCUCCCCGCCAAGGGAGUUUCAUGGAGGAAGAAAAGAUAAUCAGGAAAUAAGUCCUCAAUAGAUGCUAACAAAUCAGGUGUUUUAAGCGGCUCCAUUAGUAAACUUGCCAGAAUCAAGGAAAAUAGUAAAGGAAUCCCAAGAAAUGGAAGCAUGAUCUAUGAUGAGUCCAUUGAUGUCACGAAGAAAGAUGGCUGGCUCAUCAGAAUCCAAGGGUCUAACGCAAACGAAAGUCUCGCCUUUGGAGUUGGAGAAAGCAUCAUUAAGCCUCAUAAGUUAGACGAGAGUGGAGCUGUAUUCACCCAUAGAAGGAAUAAUGACUUUAAGAAACGAAUCAGAAAAGUUGAUGUUGAACGACAACAAAUGGAACUUAAGAAAAUCAAUAAAAUGCAAGGGCAAGGUGCAACUCUUCCAGAGAGCGAGAAUAAUACCAAGAAUGCUAUGGAAGGGAUCAGUCAGAAUCUAUCUGAGAUUCCCAAUCCCAAUGUCAAAGCUCCAGGAUUUGACUAUUAUGAAGUUAUCUCCGAAGGAUCAGAAGAUCACACAGAUCCUAAUGUAGCAAGAAAUCUCAUGAAACGAAGAAGAUCUAGAACAAGAGACUUUGUUGAAGGAAUAAAAGGGACGUCUUAUGGUAACUUUGUCAGCGAUAUGGAAAAUAUUGAUGAUGAUGACAAUAAAAUUAAACCCAUUGGAAAUUUGGAUUCCUCAAAAGAAGUAAAUUACCACAAGAAAUCAACAUCUCCUUUCAUGAUUCAAAGAGAACUUCCUCUAAAAGCUAAAGAGAAGAGGGACUCUCAGUUGUACAACUAUGCUCAGAUUCAAUUACCUGAAAAGGCAAUGAAAAAGUCUCCUCUAAAUAAAAGCCCACUUAUUUGUUCUAACUUCUUCUCAGCUAAUGAUCAACUUAUCGAAGAGAGGCUAGCAAGUGCUGCUGGAGAUAGAAUCCAAGAAGCCUCAAUCACCCAAGAGAAUAACUCAAGAUAUGGCCGAUCAAGCGGCAUGAGAGAUGUCGCUAGCAUCAGUGAAAGUGGGAAAAUUGCUGGCUACUCUCGCCGAAAAAUGGUCCUUCAAAGAGAUAUGAGGAGACCCAAGAAUUAACUCUCAGAUUUCAUAUGCUAUUCAUAACUCACAUUUUU